GGCCCGCCCAUUGGCCGGCGCCGGCCCUGGCGGCGGCCGCGCGCAACUACCGUCGGCGCGUUGGUCGGCAACACAGACGCGAUAUAACAGCGCGGACGCAACACGUGAAAACCCCGCAGAGUCCCGCGACAAAUGUCAUGCCGAGCGGCCCGCUGACGACGUUCUCGCCGCGCGCCCGCGCCAGCUGACGAACCCGGGGACCCGCGCGUCUCCGCGAACGGACCGUCGGUGAGGGGCGAAAAAAAAGGUCGUGCAGGCCGCACACGCGCUCGCUCUCUCUCUCUCUCUCCCCCUCCCCAGGUGACGACGACGACGACGACAGCGAUAACAACACGACGGCGUCAGAAUGCGUGCCGCCACGUGCAUCCUGCUGCUCUACCUGCCGCUCGCGAUUUUCGGCGUCGCCGAAAAAAACGAGAGCGCCUUCGUGGCGACGCACGAGUGGCAGACGGUGAAGAAGGGAACCCCCAUCCCCAAGGGGCUUCACGUGAGGCAUAAUUUUGAGACUGGAGUGACGGAGGCGAAACUGAUGGACGAUGCGGAAGAGGACGAUGAGAAUGCGAACCGUUCGAACGCCAAGUCGCUGACGCUGCAUCCCGAUAAAUCGGUCCUGGAGAACGAAGAACCAGACCCUGUGAAAAUAAAGAAGGUCUCGGAGUCCCUAAAAUUGCCCAUCGACGAGCUGAAAGCGCGAUUGAAGAAGCUGAAGCAAGAUGAGGCGGAAGACGCGUCGAAUAUGAAUAACGGAGAGACCCGGCCGAGAACUGAGAAGCGUUUCAAACGCUUUUACGAAACUCUGAAGGAGGAACUCAACGCUCUUAAAGUCAACGUUACGAGCGACUCGGAAUUAUUGAAGAGGUUUUUCCAGAAAUUCCAAUCUUACAAAAGUAGUAUCACUACAGGAACGUUGACCAGCAUAGAGAUCGAAGAGGUAUUGGACAUCUUAAACAAUCUAGAAUACCUUCUUCAUCAAAUAGACAAUGCUAAAAUAUUCUCAGACAUGGAUGGUCUGACUAAAAUCAUAUCGCCAUGUCUCAAUGGAACGAACAAUGAAAUAAAAUCAGAAGCACUACGCCUUUUAGGAGCAGCUGCCCAAUCAAAUCCGAAAGUGCAAGCCAAGGCAUUAGAAAAUGAUUUUAUCCAAAAAGUGUUGCACGUCUUGUCUACAAAUAGUAAAGUUGAAGUAAAGUCCAGAUGUCUCUUUGCUCUAAGUGCCUUAAUACGCCAGUUUCCCGCCGCUCAGAAAGCUUGGAUUGAUCACGGCGGUUUGCAAUUACUCGGCAAGAUUCUGUACGACGAUCAGUUACAGAUACAAAUGAAAGCAAUGAAAAUAAUCAACGACCUGACGGUCGAAAGACGGAACCUGGAAGAGAUCUACGACGCCGAGCAGCGUCAACAGAAAAUGAGGGAGUAUGCUAUUACAGAUUUCGAGCUGAGAUUACUGAGGCACGACUACUGUAAGCUCUUGAGCAACUUGAUGGUCAAAUGCUUCAAAGAAAAGCUGACUGGCCACUUCAGCAUAGAAAAUAACGAUUUCCUCGAAGUAGUCUCGGACAGUAUGAUCACGGUAUCUCCUAUUUGUAAGACGGAGUUUAAGAACAUUAAGCUCUUGCUUUUGCCUGUUAUAGAUAAUCUCUUACACUUUUAUCAAAAUCCUAAUAUUAAACUCACCGUCGACGAAACUGACGUUUUAAAGAGUUUAAUAUUGCUGAUUGAAAGAUUAAAAAUUAGUAUUUUCGAAGCACCUCACGAUGAAUUGUGAAUAUUUUGUGUUAAUACCUAAGGUAAUUGAAAAUAUACGAAAGUAUAUUGAAGACUAUGAAGACUAAAUUCCAGUCUUACAUUAAUAGAUAUGCAAUCAUGUGCAAUAGCGUAGGGCUUACUUAAUAUGCAUUUGUUUUAGCCGGUGUAAAAAGUUUUUGUGACAAGAACAAAAUUAAUCAUUGUCAUAGCAAUUACAAUAGUCUUAAAGAAGAUAAUUAUCUGCGGAUGAAUGAUUAGCUACAAUUGACGGGUCUUAAGGGAAAUCUAUCAAAGCAUAAAAAAAAAGAUAUUUUGUUAUUCUAAACGUGCUCAUUAUAUCCCUAUUGUAAAUAGCUCGUUAUACAGGAUUGACCGGUGGAGUGCGCAGGUUCUCGUCUCUUGCAUCCAAAGUAUGAAAUACUAAUCAUUAGAUGUCAAUUAAAUUUUAGUUCUUUAUUUUUAUCUUAAAUGGCACAGUUAGAGCGAGUUUCACAAACGACUGCCAACCGAAGGUUAAUUCAUUAUGUCUCUUAUUAAGGGCCAGUUUCACAAACGUCGGUUAACUGCUAA